GCAGGAGGAGGAGGAGAAAGAGGAGGCAGCAGCGGGCGGGGAAAGGAGCGCCGCGGAGCAGGCGGGGGGAGCAGCAGAAUCAAAACAAGCGAGACACGCCUUUCCCGCUCGCUCGCUCGCUCGCGCGUCUUCCCGUGGCCCGGCGGCUGGGGUGGGUGUGCAUGCGGCGGGGCUGUGGAGAGAGCGCGGGAGGGCGCCUUUGCUCCUCCGCCUGACAAUGGAGCUGCAAUAAGCCGCGGUCGGUGGCGGAGCCCAGCAGCCGAGCAAGCAGCAACAGCCAGAAAGGCAGCAGCCACCUCCGCCACCGUCGCCUUCUCCGCCUUCUCUGGCUUCCCGCUGCUGCCGCGACCCGCUCCUCCUCCUCCUCCUCCCUCGGCGAUGCCGAACCAGAAGAGUAGCAAGGGCAAGAAGAACAAGCGCGCCAACAGCAGCGGGGACGAGCAGGAAAAUGGAGCCCUGGCGGCGGCGGGGGCGGCAGGCGGCGGAGCAGCGCUGGCCGCCGUGGUGGCGGCGGGGGGAGCCAGCGGGCCGGCGGCGGCCGCGGGGAGCACCGGAGGCUCCGGAGGAGCGGCGGCCGCCGCGGGCUCGGCGCCGGGAGACUCCAAGAACGAAGCUGCUUGUGCUACCCCACUGAUAUGUAGCUUUGGACGGCCUGUUGACCUUGAAAAAGACGACUACCAGAAAGUGGUAUGCAACAAUGAACAUUGUCCCUACAGCACUUGGAUGCAUCUUCAGUGUUUUUAUGAAUGGGAGAGCAGCAUUCUGGCCCAGUUCAAUUGUAUCGGGAGAGCAAGGAGUUGGAAUGAGAAGCAGUGUCGACAAAACAUGUGGACCAAGAAGGGAUAUGAUCUUGCCUUUCGUUUUUGCUCUUGCCGGUGUGGACAAGGCCACUUAAAGAAAGACACUGAUUGGUACCAAGUAAAACGGAUGCAAGACGAGAAGAAGAAGAAGUCUGUGUCCGAAAAGAGCACUGGGAGGUCAACCUCAGAGUCCUCAGAAGAUGUUAAGAAGUGCAGACCUGCCAACAAACCGCAGAAAGGUUUAAACCACGAUAUCCAGCGGCGGCAUUCGAUGGAUCGGCAGAACUCUCAGGAGAAAGGCACCGCUAGCAGUAGCUACCCAGUCCGUUCUCCCUGUGGUUCUCCAGGCCAGUCCCCUCCCGCCGGCUACUCUGUCCUUGCCCCCACACAUUUCAGUGGGCCUCGCUCUUCACGAUACUUAGGAGAAUUUCUGAAGAACGCGAUUCAUCUAGAACCUCACAGGAAGAACAUGGCCAAUAGCGGCAUGUUCCGGAAUGCCCACUUCGAUUAUGGGGCAUCUGGGCUACAAGCACAUAGGUCGGGACAUUUUGAUGCCCCUGUCCAGUUUUUGAGGAGGCUUGAUCUAUCUGAACUUCUUGCUCACAUCCCCCGGCAUAAAUUGAACACUUUCCAUGUUCGGAUGGAAGAUGAUGCCCAGGUUGGUCAAGGAGAAGAUCUACGGAAAUUCAUUCUUGCAGCACUCAGUGCCAGUCACCGAAAUGUUGUCAACUGUGCAUUAUGCCACAGGGCACUGCCAGUAUUUGAACAGUUUCCUUUGGUGGAUGGCACCCUGUUUCUUAGCCCAUCAAGACAUGAUGAAAUUGAAUAUGAUGUUCCCUGUCACCUUCAAGGAAGGCUCAUGCACCUCUAUGCUGUUUGUGUAGACUGUUUAGAAGGAGUUCACAAAAUUAUCUGCAUAAAGUGCAAGUCCCGGUGGGAUGGAAGCUGGCAUCAACUGGGAACCAUGUACACGUAUGAUAUUCUAGCAGCGUCUCCCUGUUGUCAGGCUCGACUGAACUGUAAACACUGUGGGAAACCUGUUAUAGAUGUACGUAUUGGAAUGCAGUAUUUCUCUGAAUACAGCAAUGUUCAGCAGUGCCCACACUGCGGAAACUUGGACUACCAUUUUGUGAAGCCAUUUUCGUCGUUUAAAGUUCUGGAGGCUUAUUGACAAAAGCUUUGCCAUAGUAAUAGCUAUUUUAUGAGUAUUGUUCCUUUAUUUUACAUAUCUUUUAUAAGAUCUGUUCUGUGAGGGGGAGGGGAGGGGGCUAUUUUUUCCCCCCUAACUGAAAGAAAGUGCAGCAGCUUUGUGUGAUUGUGUACAUGUGUUCCUAAUGUAGAUAUGUGUCAUCAAAACCGUGGUCCUCUUGCCAUGAUCUCAGUUGAAGGCAAGGGAUGGGGCAGCAGAUUGCCUCUCGCUCUCUGCACUCAUCUAAGCAGGGAGGGGGGGAAACACCACUCUCUUCUAAUUAGGGCAGAGUAACUUCAAGACAUGGAGAGAAGUUAUGGAAACCAGCGACUGGUUCUAAAUAGAUUUCUUUUCUUGUUGUACGUGUAGAUUUGGAGGGAAGGGGGGAAGAUCUUCAUAAAUGGCUCAAAGAAGUGGCUGGAAAAUCCUAUGACUGUCCUUACAGAUGGAUGGACAAUAUUAUCUAUGGAACAGGGUGAUAGGACCUCCUAGCUAAGGAGCUCUUUGUCGUUAUUUCUGCCCUGGCCCCAUGCACUCAAAUAUGCUCCACAUCCCAGUAUGAUGUGUGGGCCACUGAGAAGAGAAAGAGGCAUUCUGAAGGGUCUCAAAUUGGCAUAAUCUCUCCAUGGUUUAAUCCACAAAGCCUCACAUCUUACCCUUAGAUCGACUCUGUGCAUUUGCUGUGUCUGGUUGAGGUUGGUGGUCAGGCUGGAUGAGAUCUCUGUGUUUGCCUCUUUCGUAAGAGAAACUCCCACGUCGUCGUUCCCUGCUGAAUUUGCCAUCGUCAUCCCUGGGAGCAAGAUCUUGUCUUGAUAGUAUAAGUAGUGCUAGCUCAUAUACUUUGAGGUUCUGUCUGAUGAGGUGAACUUAAAAUGUUGACAAAUGAAUGUAAUGCUAUGUCAGAAAAUGCACUGUUUAAAAGAAAAAAACAACAACCCCCCCUUAUUUUUGCAGUGUCUUCCUGGAGUAUAUAUUUGAUAAUCGGAGCUGCUCUCACUGACAGAUCAUACUGUUUCCGCUAACAUUGUAAUUCUAGUAGUCAGGGAAGUUGCUUCUACCAAAACAAACAUUGAGAUCUUAAUUAGUUGCAUUAGUUCAGCUUCUUUGAAGGCAUUAAAAAAAAUUCUUGCGGUUCUCAGAAGGAUUAUUGAGCUCAGUGCAAAACCUGUUAUUAAGAGGUUCCGUGCAUCGGUUGGUUUGACCCUUUUGUCUCUCACUGCACAAAUGUAGGGAAUGAGGUACAAACUAAAUGGAAUGUGUUGCUUAAAGUGGUCCACUGGGCUGCCUGAAUUUUCCUGUAGGGUAGAUAAACUAAAUGAAAUACUACAUUUUUAAGAACAUAACCCUUCACUGGAGCCAAGCUGGUAUGCACCAGUGGUACAUGGUUUGUCCAAACAUCCCAUUUAAAAACAACAAAUAGUAUUGGUGUAAGCAUGCCCUAAGAUUGUGUGUAGGCUCAUGUGUAAAUGGGAAUUGUGGAAUCGGCUAGGAUGCCUUGGAAUGGCAGGCUAAAGGUUCCGAAGAGCAUCUUUGGAUCACAGAAUGGGCUUCUGUUUUAACACGUCUUUGUGCCAUAUAACAAACUGCAGCACUUUGUCAUGUAGUAGUGGCCUGAAGACCCCUUUGGGUUCAUGGAAUUAAAUUCCAUCUCUUUUUUAAUCUUGUUUUUUAACCCUGGCCAUGAUCUAGGUGGUACUAAAAUAUGAAGGUACACGAUACCUUAUUUUAAACCAGUUGACUUCUACUUUUGGGAACCUAUUUUGAAAUGGCAUUUUUACUUAACUUGUAAAACCUGUAAUUUAGCGUUGUGUCGAGGAAUCCAAAGUGAAAUUAAUGAACUGAUUGAUUUUUACAUUCCCAGUAGAUUCAGAAUCAAAACCAGUGAGAUUUAUCAACAAAGAUUUCACAUGAUGUUUGUAUUUUAAUUCUUACCAUAGGCUCCUUAUCAUGAUUUUGUGCAAGAUGUUUGGUUUUUAAAGGAGGAAAUAUGCUAUCUUUUAAAUCGUGAUAGUCUAGAGUAUUUUGUUUUUUGGAACAGAUACUGGAAAUGGGCGAUCUGCUUGAAAACGUAAUGGGACUAUUAUUCAUAAAAUAAUUUCCUAAGAAGUAGUUUAAAUUACUUUUUGUAAAUUAGCAGAAAUGUCCUUGUAGCUAGUGGAACACAUAGGUGGAACAAUGGUGGAACACAUUGUUGCCUGGGUGUUUUACUUGCAUGGAGUGGGGUUCGCCAUCCCCCUUGAACACUGCAGCUCUGAUCAGUUCUACCCCCUGAUCUGUGUUUAGGCGCAGAAAAUGACAUGGGAAGAUCGAAUCACAGUUCAUCAAUAUAAGGUUGAUUCUAAGUCAUUGGCAUAACCUCAGUGCAUGAGAAUACACACUUAAGCUCCAUGAAAUUUAAGUGGAUCUAAUCAGCCCAAACUCCCUACUGCAUAAUAGACACUGUGUAGCUUGGCAAAAUAUAGUUUGCGAAGAUGUGACUCCUCCGUUGUAUUUAAGGCAAGUAUGGAUUUAAAAUGAGUCACAGUCUCAAAAGAUUGCAAAAACCUAAUGAAGCGAAUAUAUAACACACAGUACACUGCCUCGUAAACUAAGGCUUCUGCUUAAUAGUAAAAUGUCCAGUCCUUGCAACAGCUCUGACUGCUUGAACAGCUGAUGUAGUCUUUGGAUCAAAAUAAUGCUACUUAGAAUUCUCACUUCCCAAAAUACUCACUUUCAUCUAUAUUUUUCUUAGUUAAUCAAGAGGUCAGCACAACUGCAAUCAAGGCAGGCCAGCUGCAAUUAAGCAUUUGUUUGUUUUCAGCUGAAGUGGAUAUAAGCAUUUUUUAAGAUUUUAUAUUCCAGUUUGUAUACUGCGUACAGCUAGGCAUUUUGCAUGGAUUUCAAAUCAUGUGGCACUGACUGACGGUUCUGCAUCUGAAGGGAAGAAUGGUGGCAGUUCUGUCAUUGUAUGUCUCACUAUUUGAGGCCUGAAGCUCCUUCCAAAUUUCCUUUUUUGAUUAGGUUGCCCUCGAGAAAUCUGUGUGCGGCUCACAGAGGCCCUUAAGCCCACACCUCUGCAAACAGCCUCACUGUUCUGCAGUUUGUACACAGAAGGCUGUGCUCAGUAAGCAGAUUCACAGAAUGGCCAUUGUGAGGAAGGGACAGGGGUUGUGACAGACCUCCACUUCCCCUGCUUCCUCAACAGGAAUUGCCAGGAGGUCCUGUUGCCAUAGCUCCCAAGCCUUCCACGCACCUAUAUUGCCAAGUGGCACUCUAUGGGGAGCCAGAUUGUACUCUCAAAUUGCUGAUUCCUAGAGUUUAAGGUUAUGGUGGCCCAGAGUGGGAGGACUUGGUAUCUGAAACUACAGAUGACCAUGGCAAGGGAGAUUCAGGUCAAGUUUUAAUGUUCCAGACCGGAAAGUGGUAAAGCAGCUCAUAGACUACCAGAUUUAAUUUGUCUUUUAAUAAGGAGUCAAAAUUUAUGGGCCUUGCCCACCCAAGGCUAGGUAAGGUUUUUAACUCCUUGUUGUUGUUUUAAAUCAGUGGCUUUCUUAUGGACACUUUGAUUGCACUGACGAAAACGUAACAGACCCUGUUCAAAUACAUCUUCCCGUGUGCACUGGAAAGUGGCACUUGAGAGCCUCAAAGAUGGAAUUUCAGUGUCUUCAGAGAUAACUGUGUGUGUCACCAUCUUAAAAAACAGUAUUUGCAGGAUUUAAACUGCAAGGACACAGUGUUAAUCAGAUGGAAGGUUAGGAGUUAAACCAAGAGGGCUGUGUGAAAAAGGAUAUUAAAUUUUAAUAUCAGUGGCUUUAUGUGCAACAAAUGUGAGCAACAUGUUGCAUAUAAAAGCGUUUCAUUAUUUUGCAUUAAAAGAAAAGGUGUGAGCAGUUUUAUAUUAACUGCAUGCACAAUUGCCCACUCUAUUUUAGUAUGAUCAGAGUAUUUUUGUUUUGAAACCGACUUAUAUAUAUUAAGGCAAUUGUCCUUGAGUUAAUAUGGGCCUGGCUGUCUUGUUCUGUUGCUUAAUGUAAUACUUCCAGGCAGGGAUGGCCAACUGGGUGGUUUGCAGAAGGUGCCUGGACUGCUCUCCAGGCUACAGCCAGAGUGCAAGGCAUGACUGGCAUCACUUCUCACCUGCCUCCUCAUGCCACUCUGCUCACACAUCCUGAUGGGA